UUUGGACUCCAGACCGAAUACGAUCCACAGCUGAACGGAGAAGCAUUUCCGUUACAUUGCGGUACAAGAAACAGCCAACCAGACCAUUAACAAUAAAAACAACAGACACUUUACCAGGUUUCCGGUAGCGAUACAACCUCGGUUUUUUUUUUAAAGAUUUUCAAGAAAAUUAAAUUAUAAAAAGGAAUGGCUAACAAAGUUAUUCAAGGAAAUGGUAUUUGCUGGUAUCAAACUGAAAUAGUAAUUCCUGCCAAGAGCAGAGGUAUCCACAAGAUAACAAAUAUAAUAAAAGAACUUCCUUUUCUGAACAAAAUUAAGAUUGGUACUUGCUGUCUACUGUUAAAGCAUACGUCUGCUAGUUUAUCUUUAAAUGAAUGCUGGGAUGAUGAUGUCCGAGCUGAUAUGGAAAUGAUAUUGAAUAAACUUGCUCCAGAAAAUAUACCUUAUACUCAUACCCAAGAAGGUCCUGAUGAUAUGCCUGCUCAUGUCAAAACGAGUUUAAUUGGUGCCUCUAUUACAAUUCCUAUCACUGAUGGUAAACUUAAUUUAGGAACUUGGCAAGGAAUUUGGUUAUGUGAGCAUCGUAACCAUGGUGGUCCUCGUACAUUAGUUGUUACAGUACAAGGAUGUAACUAAUGCUUUAAUUUUUAAUUGCAUAAUUUUAAAAUUGUUCUUAAAA